AUCGCAAGUAUUCUCAUCUCCACUAUUACAUCUCUUAACCCUCCUAAUUCAGGAAUUUCAUUAUUUCUCCAGAAAUUAGCUCUAAAUAUAGGGAUUGGAAUGGUGAAUUAUAUUAUUUUCUUACUUGAUUGGUAGCAUGUUUUGGAUGGAUUGGGGAUAAAAUUGCUUUUCAUAUAUAAUCAGAAGCAAAACAAGAAGGGAAUAGUUUGAGAUUUGGAAGCUUUUGAUGGCUUCUACUAUGGCUGCUACUAGUGAAAGAUGGAUUGAUCGUCUUCAAUUUUCCUCACUAUUUUGGCUUCCACCACAAGAUGGUCAGCAAAAGAAGGAUCAAAUUGCUGCAUAUGUUAAGUACUUGAUUCAGUUUACAUCAGAGCAAUUUGCCGACGAUAUUGCUGAGUUGAUCCGCAACCGUUACCCGUCGAAGGAAAUUCUCCUCUUUGAUGAUGUUUUGGCAACAUUUGUCCUUCAUCAUCCAGAGCAUGGGCAUGCAGUUGUACUUCCAAUUAUUUCAUGUAUUAUCGACGGCACACUAGUCUAUGAUAAGACUAGUCCUCCAUUUGCUUCUUUGAUAUCUUUAGUCUGCCCUAAAAAUGAGAACGAAUAUUCAGAACAGUGGGCUCUGGCAUGUGGUGAAAUUUUGCGUAUUUUAACUCACUACAAUUGCCCCAUUUACAAAAUGGAAAGGCAAUCGAGUAGUGGCAACCUUGCAACAACUAGUGAGCCUCUUAAUGGGUACAGUGCUUUGGCACAAGAGAAAAAACCUAUUAGGCCCCUGUCCCCCUGGAUUACCGAUAUGUUGUUGGCUGCCCCUGUAGGCAUUAGAAGUGACUAUUUCCGGUGGUGCAGUGGUGUUAUGGGCAAAUAUGCUGCUGGAGAACUCAAGCCUCCGUCAACUGCCUCUUCCCGUGGUUCUGGGAAACAUCCUCAACUCGUGCCUUCGACUCCAAGAUGGGCUGUUGCUAAUGGCGCUGGUGUUAUAUUAAGUGUUUGUGAUGAUGAAGUUGCUCGCAAUGGAACUGCUAUUUUAACAGCGGCUGCUUUUCCUGCACUAUUGCUUCCUCCUCCAACCGCCCAUACUGUCGUGGAAUUUGUAUAUACCUUUACUUAAGGUCUUGGAAUAUCUUCCUCGUGGAAGCCCGUCAGAAGCAUGUCUCAUGAAAAUAUUUGCUGCUACAGUGGAAGCCAUUCUUCAGAGAACAUUUCCACCCGAAUCCAGUAGAGAACAAAACAGAAAAGCAAGUUACCUCUUUGGCAUUGGUUCAGCCUCUAAAAACCUUGCUGUGGCAGAACUUCGCACUAUGGUUCAUUCACUUUUUCUAGAAUCGUGUGCUUCUGUAGAGCUCUCUUCCCGUCUACUUUUUGUUGUCUUGACCGUCUGUGUUAGUCACGAAGCCCAAUUCAGUGGAAGCAAGAAGCCUAGAGGUGAAGAUAAUUAUUCAGUUGAGGAAAUCA